UUUUUCGGAACCGUUAUGUAUUUUAAUACGUAGGUAGAAAUUGUUGUACACGAGUUACUCGUCGGUGGCUUCGUUGAAUUUAUUGUGUGUUCAAUUGAGAAUUUUUACGAUGAGUAUUGUAACGUGCAUUGCACCUGUCAAUAUCGCUGUCAUCAAGUACUGGGGAAAACGAGAUGAACAGCUCAUUCUUCCCGUCAAUGAUUCGAUCAGUGCGUCAUUGGAUACUGAUCAGUUAUGCGCUAAGACCACCAUAAUGGCAAGUGCAGACUUCGAUGCAGAUCGAAUUUGGCUGAAUGGAAGGGAAGAAUCAAUAAACAAUCCUCGAUUGCAGAAUUGUCUACGAGAAAUUAAAAAACGCGCUCAACUAUCGCCUGAGAUGGAGAAUUGGAAGCUCCACAUAUGUUCUAAGAAUAAUUUUCCAACAGCAGCAGGCCUGGCAUCGAGUGCAGCUGGUUAUGCGUGUUUAAGUGCUGCACUUGCAAAAUUGUACAGAGUAGAAGGAGACAUAAGUUCAAUCGCUCGUUGUGGAUCUGGCUCCGCAUGCAGAAGUGUUUACGGUGGAUUUGUCCGAUGGUAUGCAGGCACUGACCCCAACGGAAAUGAUAGUAUUGCCAAGCAAAUAGUCCCUGCAUCUCACUGGCCGGAAAUGAGAAUAUUAAUUCUAGUAGUGAAUGAGGAGAGAAAAAAAACUUCGAGUGCCAUCGGCAUGAAAAACGGUGUCUUAACAUCAGAACUUCUUAAGUACAGAGCUGAACAUUGCGUUCCAAAAAGAGUAGAAGAGAUGAAUCAGGCGAUAAUGACUAAAAACUUUGAAAAAUUCGCACAGUUGAUGAUGAAGGACUCCAAUCAGAUGCAUGCGGUGUGUCUAGACACAUCGCCUCCUUGUUUUUAUCUCAACGACGUCUCUUUCGGUGUCAUUGACCUCAUUCAUGCAUACAACGAGGCAUCUAACCGUGUGAAAGUUGGAUAUACAAAUGAUGCGGGUCCAAAUACUGUCCUUUAUCUAUUAGAGAAGGACGUGCCAGAAGUAUUAGGAUUGCUAGAUUAUUAUUUUCCAUCGAAGCCCGUCGAUAAUGUGGAGUACAAAAGGGGAAAUCCACCAGCAAGUGCUCCUCUCUCAGAGGAAUUGAUUUUAAAAAUUAAUAAAGAGCAAAAUUCACCUGGUCAAAUUAAAUCCAUAAUCCACACUCACGUGGGUAAUGGUCCAACUUAUUUAAAGGAUCCCAGAGAGCAUCUUCUGGACUCGAAAGGCUUGCCUGUGGAGUUGUAAUGAUUAUAUCGUAUUUUAUACAAUUUAUACUUUAAUACUUCAAUCUCGACGUUAAAAUUGAAGAGGAUGUCGAAGGCAUGGGGUACGGAUUUUCAGUAAAUAAAACUCAUUCUAUGGUGGAGUGAUAAUCGUGUUUUACAUAAAUCAGAAACAAUUCUUUGUACCUUAACGGUUUGAAUUUAUGAUCCACAAUCAUCGAGUGGAGUGAACCAGUGGAGCUGUGGCCUGAGGAAGAUAUUCUAUAAAUAACUCCGACUCAUCCACGUACAAGGAAGAAAUCGAUAGAAAAAUAAUUUCCGCAUCAUUCCUAUUCAUGGAUUGACUCUAAUUCAUCAUUUCGAUUCUUUUCCAAGUGAAUUUCAAAGAAUUGGGGUUGAAUACAAGAUAAUAUCAGUAAAUACUAAAACAUUGAAAGCAAAAAUUGCAUAUAAAAAACCAAUUCAAGCGCGCACAAUUGUUCUACAGUUGAUAGCCAUGAAUUAUUCCAAAGUUAAUAUGUACAUUGAAGAUACAGGUGUAAAUUACAUAGCAAUGAUUCAAGAUUAUAUGUACAAAAUUGUAUGUGGAUAUCAAGAUAUAAAACAUGCAGCUGUUUUGAGAA